GUAAAUACUCCGUAAUUUUAUCGAUUUGCCGGUAACCGUGAGGCGCGAUGUCAGGCCGCCUUAUGGGCUGCACUCUGUAUCCUCUCUGUAUCUCUCUCCCGCGUCUGCUACUCUUUCUGGAUCCAACAUCGUCUCAGGUCUCAGGGACGUGGAGGUCAGAGACCCUGGCCCUGGAAGAUUCCUUGUCCGAAACGCCAUGGGCGGGAAUGUAUCAUCAACCAAAGGGACUGACUGGCCGGUCAGUUUAUCGUAGACGAUCUUCUUUGCUAUUCUUCCACAAAAAUUCCCUACUGUGUAUCCCUCCCUUCCCAAAGAAAACUCCGGGUACGUGCUCGUGGUUGGGACAUACGUACGUAGUUACUCAGGGGAAAAACAAUGGACACAAGCACCAAGGCACGGCAUUCCGUGGAACUAGGCCGGUGUACACGCGAGCUGAACCGAUAUUAAUGCGCUGGGACCGCAUGGCGCUUUGAAUGAGCCAUUGAAUCUUUCUCUUGUUCCUGUCUGUGUUCU